AAAAAGUAUAAAAGGCCGAGUUUGUCUAAGGAAAGCUUUUAGUUAUCGGUUGUUUAAAUUUUGACAAAAAUCAAAAUAAUAUUAGCAGAUUCGAAUAUAAGAAUCUAAUAUUAUCGCAAGAACAAUGAAAGGAUUCGCGGUCUUUUCCAGCACUGUUAGUCUGUUCCUAAUCUUGUUUGGAGUCUCGCAGACCUUAGCAAUCUUCAACAACAUUUGCCGCUUAUUUCCAGAGGGAACAAAACUCGGUGAUCCACGAUCAUGUGAAUCCUACAUAACAUGUAUCAAUUCUACAGAAGUCUUCACAAAAUGUUCCAAAAACCAAACUUUCAGUGUUGAGUCGAAAAAAUGUGUUUCAUCCAAAACUGGCUGCGUCGAUCCAUGUGCACCUGAUGUUGAUGAAUAUUGGUUAGCUGAUACACGAUCUUGUAGCGGAUAUUAUUAUUGUAAGAAUGGUGUUGGAACUAUUGGAAAUUGUUCACCGGGUCAGCAUUUCGAUGAAUCUUUACAAGAAUGCAUCUAUUCGGAGAAAUCGAAAUGUAAAGGAGACAAUUACUGUGAAAUUGUUCCGAAUAAUAUAAAUUUCAAGGACGAGAAUGAUUGUGAAAAAUAUCGAGUUUGUUCGAAACGAAAAUUAAAAUCGAAAAAAUGCCCCAAAGGUCAAUGGUUCGAUCGAGACACUGGAAAUUGUGCAAAAAAGUCAAGUGUCAAAAGCUGUAAUAGUUUACCAACAAAAGUUUGCGUUAAAGGCUUGAGGGUUGAGAAGAAUAAAUUUGUUCCAGAUAAGGCCACUUGCAGGGGUUAUUAUUAUUGUGCGGAUGUCGGAAAGUCAGCUGAUGAAAAUCCUGAAUGGCAUCAAUGUAAAGAGGGACAGUUUUUCAAUUAUAAAUCUCAAUCGUGCACAGAUCCUUUGAAUGUUAAAUGCGAUGAAGAUCGUUGUGACGGACGUGGGAAUCUAUUUGUGAACAGCGCUAAGAGCUGUCAACAUUAUUUGGUCUGUCAAAAUGGAUUAAGUGUGGCAGAGAGGAAAUGCGCUGAUGAAAUGUUCUUCGAUGAAAAAAGACAAGGUUGUACAUCUGAAGUUAUUGAAUAUGAUAUUUGUUCUUAAAUAUAAGCAUGAUUGUUUAAAUAAAUUCAAUUAUAAAUAUGUACAUAUUCAAUUUAAUGAAGAAGUGUCAUUUUUUUUAAUUUAUGAAUUAGAUCGUUAUGAAUACACUUGCAAUCUUAUUAUUUAAUUUAUACAUCCUGGCAAGAAAAACUUCUUUUUUUAAAUAGAAUACUUCUAAUAAAAUUAUUGCGAUUUAUACAA